GUGAACAGUGUCCAAGCAUUUGAGGGCUGAAACACGGGCGCUUUGUCUCGCUACUGCAGCCACUCAGAGGGGCUCUGCGACUGAGGGAUCUCUCCGGCAUUCGGGGGGCGACGGAGGGAGAAGGCAGGGAGCAGCGCGCAUUUUGGACGCUGAACGGUCUCGGGAUGUGUGCGUGAAGGGGGCUAUGUGGCAGCGGAGAGCCAGGCACAGAUUUUCGGAAGCGCCAGGGGAGCGUGAGCAGACGGGCCAUCUCGGGGUGAUGGAGGGAGCGCUGCUGUUUUGGCUUUCACACGAUAAUGAAACCCGGAUGCUGCCGGCCGGGCCCAGCUGAGUCUGUGUUGUUAUUUUGUUGUUGUUGUUGCUGUUUUUUGCCCCCUAUUUGAAUCUGGGCCACGCAUGGAGAAAGGGUCUGUACAUUUGUCCUUUCACGAGCGAUGGUCAUCGGGCACUACGGUCAGCCUGCAGCGCUGCAGAAACAAAUAGGGGAUUUGAUGGACGCAUGAAGGGCCGAGACACCGGCUAGACCCAUCUGACUGACUGACUGCAGGCUCCUGGAGGGAGUAGGGAUGCGGCGCGUUCUUAAUUCAAACCAGUUUGCGGGGGUACCUGAAUAAUAGAAGCACUCAGCCUGUACGCGUGUGUUUGAUUGGGAAAGGAUUGGGAUCUAAGCUCUGCUGGAGGCGUCAUGAUGUCUCUGAGAUGCCACAGAAGCAAGCCCGUUUGGGCCGCCCUGUGCGUGCUGGUGCUCUGCUGGCUCUACAUCUUCCCUGUCUACAGGAUGCCCAGCGACAAGGAGGUAGUGGAGGAGGUUCUGAGGCAGGGCCAAGCUUGGACCAGGAACCAGACUGGCAUUGAUUUGUACAGGAAGCUGAUAGCAGAAUGCUGUGACCCGAAGAAGAUGUUUGCAGUCACCAAGGAGAAUUCACCGAUAGGGAAGGUUCUGUGGUACGAUGGCGAGUUCUACCACUAUCACACAGUCAACAACGAGACCUAUCAGUUCUUCGUACAGGAUACUCCUCUGCAGCUGCCGCUAAAGAAGUGCUCAGUGGUGGGGAACGGAGGGGUUCUGAAGAACAGCGGCUGUGGCAGAGACAUUGACCAGGCCGACUUUGUUAUGAGAUGUAACCUGCCUCCACUGUCCAAAGAAUACAUUGAAGAUGUGGGUAUGAAGACACAGCUGGUGACUGCUAAUCCCAGUAUUAUAGAGAAGAGCUUUCAGAACCUCCUGUGGUCUCGGAAAGCCUUCGUGGAGAGCAUGAAGGCCUACGGCUCCAGCUACAUCUACAUGCCUGCCUUUUCUAUGAAGCCAGGGACUGACCCCUCCCUCAGGGCUUAUCAUGCCCUGGCUGACUCCGCCUCCAAUCAGACCUUGCUGUUUGCCAACCCGGACUUCCUGAAGAACGUGGGCCGCUUCUGGAAGAGCCGUGGCGUGCACGGCAAGCGCCUCUCCACUGGCCUCUUCCUGGUCAGCCUUGCGCUGGGCCUGUGUGAGGACGUCACAGUCUAUGGCUUCUGGCCAUUUUCGGUGGGGCUGGAUGAGCGGCCAGUCAGUCAUCACUACUACGACAACAUCCUGCCCUCGUCAGGCUUCCAUGCUAUGCCCGAGGAGUUCCUGCAGCUGUGGCACCUUCACAAGAGUGGCACACUGCGCAUGCGCAUAGGUCAUUGCGCACAAGGAAAGGUCCAAUAAGAGGAGGAGUGGUUGCCCUGGGCAGCCAUCUUAGAGUUUUUUCUGUUAGUGGCUCCGCCCCCCACCACCACAACCACCACCACCUAUUCUUCAGAUUAGCAUAAGAAUAAGGGGAAUACCCCCCCACCAAACUGAUACCACCCAUAGUCUCUGCUUGAUUGCAGUAGAAAAAGACUCAAUACCGCCUCCUAACACACACAUCCACACCCACAUGCACUCAGUCACGCAAAUACACACAUUUUCUUUGCUGUUGCCAAGGGGAUGUCAUUUAGACCUGCAUGGACAUCCAUUUCCACAUUUCCAUUCACCAGGCAGCAUUUGAUGACUGAGGUAGGGGGAUGCGGGGGCCGUAGGCUUACAGUUUGAAUGCUAUAGCCAUAGCUAUGUUUUUUUUAUGGCAGCUGGGCUCCAGGACCCCCCGGGCCUUUUUUUUCUCUAAAGCCAGAACAAGAGGACAGGGCGUGUGGGGGUGGGUACUAAAAGACGUCUUGAAUGGAUUCAGACGAAGGAGAAGAAAUAAUAAAAGCAGGCUCUUUGCCAAGGCAACAGGGUUGGAGAGGGGGGGUGGUUAGGGUGGGCAGAUCUGGGCUAAAAAUGGACAAGAGAAAAAAGAAACAAACUAGAAACACUACAGCGAUAAUUCUUACAUUUUUUUUGUUUUGUUUUUUUGUCACAUCCUGAGGAUUCGUUAUUUUAAGCGUGGGGAAAUAACAAUGAGGAAAAGACUUGAACUUUGUUUUGUCAAAAUUCUCAGCGCAGAUCCAAUGUACAGACCAAGUUCUAGCUGCCAAAAGGGAAACAUGAACAUUUGAAAUGAAGUGAAAUGAAUGUACUGCAAAUGCACUGCUGUUUGGACCACCAUUUGAACAUUCUUUCAUCACACAACCGUCUAUUUUAAGCUGUACUUCUGUAUAUCCUGUGUUUGUGUACUGAGGUUUCAACCCAUAGUCAAAAGGAAGGUACAAGUGGAACCUGUGAAGAGCUUCACAUCAAUCAGGGGUGGAUAAACAAUGUAUUUGAUUUUUUUUGCCAGUGGAAGUGCUAUGACCGCCUUUAAAGUGAAGUAAUGUGAGCUGCAGCCUUGCUUUGCGUGUGAUUUGUGCUGCAAAAGGUAGCAGUGGUUGACGCAGGAUCAGAUGUAGUGAUGCUGUAGGUACCCUUGGAGCAGUAGUGCUGCUCCUGGCUGCUUUGGGUGCUGGACACCUUGUACUGGAACCAAUUUUGUACAUACUUAGCAUUACUUUGGUCAGUGUUUUGGUCACCAUUCUGAUUCCUUUGAAUGUAAAGGCAGCCAAUGAAGUAAUCUGCUACUGGAAUAGUUUAUAUCUGUACACCUUUUAGGUAGACAGUUUUUAUUUUCUUAAAGGAGUGCUCCAAUGUUUUCAGCAUCUGUAAUGUUUGUUCAGAACCACAGACAAUAAGUGUGAUGCAUUUUUCUGUGUUUAGUAAAAAUUGUUGCCUUAAAACACAGGAGGUUCUAAAGGCCCAAAAAAUGUGAGAUGUGCAUUGCAGUCUUCGUUUUCAUUAAGAACUUCACACUGCGUUUUUUUCAAUAGUGCUUCUGGCAGCAUGUCUCCCUGUUGCUUAGCAACAACAGCGUUGGUCAGCUGUGUUAUUGCUAUCAUAUCUACAUGCAGAAAGUUGAACAACUACUUAACUAGCCUACAUCACAAAGCCAAAGUAAAGAAUUUUUUUUUUAUUCAUGUAAUGAUGUGAUGAUGUAAUAACCCCUUCUUCAUUAUAGCUGUUACUGAAAGCCCAACUUACCUGGGAUCUGAUCGGUCAUCACAGAAAAAAUGCACAAGCUAUAUGGUACUUAACCACUUUCAGGUAAAUGCCCUUCAGGUGAGGCAGGCCUGCUUCAGGCAGACAUAGCUUGCCACUUGGUGUAAAAGACUACAUAGAUUAACACAGUAGGGUUUGCGUGUAUCAUUUCAUAUCUGCUGCAUUUUAAGGGUGUACUGCAUGUUGAGGGAAUAUGCAUCAGCCGACACAUUUGCUAAAUGGGUCAAGCUAUGGUGAUUUGCUGUAAAUUUUGAAUGUGUGGCUCCUUUGGACAGAUCUAGCAUGCAUAUGUCAUCCCAGCCAAAUUUUCUUUUUUGUUUUUGUUUUUUUUUUUUUUUGUUUUGUUUUUAGGGGUUGGGGGGGCAUUGUGUGGAUACUGUCCUCCCCCCUGAACCUCCAUGGUUUCCAGCCAAGCCUCCCAUGAUUAGGUUCUGGGACAGGGCCCGAGCACUCCACACAAAAGAUAAAACAAUCAAUGGGAGCAGAGAACACUGUGUUCAUAUACUUUUAAGACCAGAGGUGUGACCAUCACACCUACAUGAGCUUGUUACACAUCCGAUACCAAAAUCAUAGACAUUAAUUUGGAGUUAGCCCCACCUUUGAAACUAACAGCAUCCACUCUUCUGGGAAGGCUUUCUACAAGAUUUUGAAGUGUGUCUGUUGGAAUUUGUGGCCAUUCAAUUCAGAGGGCAUUUGUAAGGUCAGGCCUGGCUCACAGUUAAUUCCAGUGGUGUUCAAUGGGGUAGAGGUCAAUUCCUCCACACUAAACUUAUCAAACCAUGUCAUGAGGGGCCCUGUUUUGUGCACAGUCAUGCUAGAAUAGGAAAUGGCCUUCCCAAAACUCUUGUCACAUAGUUGGAUGCAUAUAAUUGUCUAAAAUGUCUUUGUAUGCUGUAACAUUACCCUUCACUGGACCUAAGGGACCAAGGCCCAACCCCAGAUAAUAGCCCCAGUCCAUUAUCCCUCCUCCAUUAAAUUUUACUGUUGGCGCUAUGCAUUCUGGUAGCAUUCUCCCGGCAUCCACCAAACCCAGAUUCGUCCAUCAGACUGCGAUAGUGAAGUGUGACUCAUCACUCCAGAGAACAUGUUUCCACUACUUCAGAGUCCAGUGGUGAUGUUCUUUACACACUCCAGCCCAUGCUUGGCAUUGCCCAUGGUGAGCUUAGGUUUAUAUUCAACUGCUCAAUCCCAUUUCAUGAAACCCCUGAUGCACAUUUGUUAAGAUGAUGUUGCUUCCAGAGGCAAUUUGGAACCCUGUACUGAGUGAUGCAACACAGGAUAGGUCAUUUUUUUAUGUGCUACACACUUCAGCACUCAGCUGCCACAUUUUAUGAGUUUGCAUGGUCUACCAUGUCAUGGCUGACCUGUUGUUGCUCCUAGACAUUUCACAGUAAUGGCACAUACAGUUGACUAGUGUACAUCCAGCAGAGCAGAAAUUUUCCAAACCAACAUGUGGCAAAGGUGGCAUCCUGUGACAGUGCCCCAUUUAAAGUCACUGAGCUCUUUAGUUUGACCCAAUCUACUGCCAAUGUUUGUCUGUGGAGACUGGAUGACUAUGUGCUUGAUUUUACACACCUGUUAGCAAUAGGUAUGGAUGAAACCACACUAUCUAGGAGUGGUGUUCACAUACUUUUGGUCAUAUAGUGUAUCUCCCAUUGAAAACAGUAAAUAAAAGGCUUCUCUGCUUCCAAAUAUUUUACAAUGUGAUCCCCUUUAGUACAUUUACAUUUUUUUACAUUUACAGCAUUUAGCAGACGAUCUUAUCCAGAGUGACGUACAAGAAGUGCUUUGUCUAUCUAGAGAAAGUAUAUUUGCUAGUUAGCAAUAGGCUAGAGAGACACCACUAGGUCUAAAUUGUGGUGCAGCUAUCUAAGCUUGAUUCCUGGCAUCCAUGGCUGGCUAUCCAAGAGAGCUGACUAAUGCGGACGUCUGUUAGCCAACAUAGCAAAAUGCAAUUCCUUACUCAAGCCCAUUUGUUAGCUAGGUACAUCUUGAUCUACUGGGUGAAAUUGAGUACUACGAGGUAGGUCUCCCACUUUCUCACCAUAAUACCAAGCUGGGAGGGUGAAGACUAGCAUGUGCUGCCUCUGAGAUAUGAAGCACCUGCCUCUAAUGCACAUACAAAGGAAACACCAACUGCCAUUUCCGGUACAUCAGCUAAUAGAAAUCCUCUCUUGGACUCUCAUGUGUUGGACAUGGACCCACUUAGCUAGUGGGUGGAAUUGACUUUGACUACAAGUUAAAAUCAGUAAAAAAUAGUAAGAGAACACACUUAAUGUAGAAGCCAAUGAUUAGAUGCUAAAGCAAAUUGGCUUCUAUUGAAAGCGUGUUUUGAGUCAACCUUUUUGCGUUACUUUUCCAAAUACAUGGAAAUGCAUUAAAUUUAUUGUCUGUGGUAAAGGAGCAUGUGCUGUAAAUGUGAUGUUGAAAAACACUAGAGUAUUCCUUUAAUAUCUUAAUAUAACAUUUUAUCUGGCCUUUGGUCUCUUGGCAAACAAGGGUAUACACUUAUCUUGUAGGUGCUAGUUUUACUAUGUCACUCAUUCAGAGCCUCUGAAAACCCAUAUAUGGUAGCUAUGUUGGAAUAGAUUAAAAAGAGGCCUAAAGGUCAGAUAAGUGCACAGCUGAGGUGAAUGAUACAGCAUAGAGCCAUAUCAUGUUGUUUGGCAUGCUCCGACACAAAGGCCACUGUGUUGAAAGUCAUGAAGGAAACAAUAUCCACACGCACUCCAGCGUGCUUCGACCAGGCUUCUGAAAUCCAUCCUCACUGUCUGUAUAUCAUCCAUUCACAUUCCUUGAAAGGUUGAGUGCCUUUUUAACGUAAAAGAAAAAAAAGUCUAAAUAAGCAUUAUUUUUUCUUUUUUGUAAGUGACACUGAAAGCAGUAUGUAAGGACUAAAGAUUUAUCUUGCCUUUUUUGUUCCUUCCUGGGAGUUUUCCAUAUUUUUGAUUCUGUGUUAGGUGAUGUAUCCAGUGGGAUGAUGGUGAUUGCAUACAGUUUAGUGAGAAGCCUCAAUGGAGUCCUAUAACUAGCUGGUUGCAGAAGGACCAAGUUGAAUUUAAUACAUCUUAAUGUCGCAAAAGUUGCCAAUUGAAGGCAUCUCUUCUAACUAUAUUUAUGAUGGAGGAUAUUGGUAAAUGUUUAAAGAGAGAGUAGGCAUUUGAAUUUGUGUUAUUUACACCUUUUUUAUGUCUUAUUCAGUGUUGUGAAUGAGUGCGACCGUAGCUUGUAUUGCGGCAUGCAUGACUGUGGUACAUGUAUUUGUUUAGUAAACUGAAUUUGAGUUGGGAGAUAUUUUAUAGCUCAUUUUCAUUUCUGCCCCCUUUUGAUUUCUGAGCCACGUCAAGCUGUGUACCCAAAGUGUAGCAGCACUUACCUCAACUGUUUUCUCACUACUAAGCCCUUCUACGAAAUAUGAAACAUAUUUAUUCAGCCCAGGAGUGUAGACCUCUUUGAGCUUAUGACAAAUCAAACUAUUUGUACUGUUCAGUGUUGCUGAGCCUGGAUGUUGAGGUAGGAGUCUGUCCUCAUGGCUGUGAGGGCAAUGCUUGUGUAACUGCUUGGUUAAGUUCACCGUAAAUAGGUGUGCUGUAAUUUGCCUUGCUUGAAAAGAAAACCUAACAUAUUUGUAAUGUGGACGUGAGUGAAACUGAAAAAACGUGGAAGCAGUCAUGUCUCAGAUCGGGGCACAGGGCAAGAGCUUCUGUUUUUUUGAGCAUGUCAUACUGAAAAACGGAAAUGAACAGCUUGGUCUGAACGAUGUUUUUCUGCCACUUGGGUUACGACAAUAGAAAAAAAACUGAAUCAAGCAAAUGAUGCAUCUAAAAUGAAGGAAAUUAUUGAUAUUAAAUAAUAAAGCAACCCAGUUUUAACUGUC